AUGAGACCUGAUUCUGGCUCAAGAGCUCCUGAAGCCUAUUUUCUCGUCAAGGUACAUAAGAGUAACCAGCCUGUUCGUCCAAUUAUAUCGAGUUAUGAUGCAUACAAUUAUAAAACGGCGAAAUUUCUUGCUAAUUUAUUAUCAGCAGCAAUGAAAGAGGGAUCGUCAUACAUUAAAGAUCCAUUCGACUUUGUUGAUAAAAUUCAUUCGAAUAAAGACUCAACUGGUCUGAUGUUCUCAUUAGAUAUUUCUUCUCUAUUUACAAAUGUACCGUUGGAAAAGUCUGUUGAUAUAGCUACGAGAAAGAUCAGACAGUAUCAUCUCGAUUGGAAAAUUGUUGAUAAUAAUUUAACGGAAUUAUUUUACAUAUGCACAAAAAGAACUAAUUUUGCAUUUGACGGUAAAAAUUAUGAUCAGAUUAAUGGGAUCUCAAUGGGUAGCCCUUUGGCUCCCAUUUUGGCCAAUUUGUUUAUGAAUGAAAUAGAGAAAGAAAUUGAUAAGUAUACGGGUAAAAAACCUGAAAUUUACCUACGUUAUGUUGACGAUAUCUUUUCUAUUAUUCAUGGCACUCAAAAAGAUAUUGCCAAGUUUGUAAAAUUUAUGAAUAAAUUAGAUCCAUCUAUUAAAUUUAUAGUUGAAGUUCAAAAUAACAAUAAACUACCGUAA